UUCGGUUCUAUCACUAAAUCCAAGACACUCAAAGUCAUUCUCAUCGUUAUUGUACACGGUUCAAUCAUCCAAAAUGGGUUCCGAAAAUGCAGCUAUCAAGCUCUAUACCAACCAUGGAUGUCCAUGGGCGCAUAGGGCACACAUAACUCUAGCGGAACUAGGACUUUCGUUUGAGGAGGAAAUCAUCGACCUCAGCGUCCCCCGAACUCCGGAAUACCUCAAAGUCAACCCGCGUGGACUUGUUCCCUCUCUCUCCUACAACGGCGAGAUCUUCACCGAGUCCGCCAUUGUGGCCCAGUUCCUGGCCGAUACGUACCCAAGCCACCUUCUUCCGGCCUCUUCCGACCCCAAGGGCCCGCGUACUCGGGCCCGCAUUGCCUUCUUUGUCGAUGCAUGGUUCUCCAAGUGCAACAGCGUGUACACGAAGACGUGGCAGGCUAAGGCUGAAGAUGAGGCCGGCGAGCUCGCCGACAGCCUGGUCAAGGUCGUAGUGAAGGAGAUCGAGCCUCUGCUCCAAGACGCUGGCCCGUUCUUUGGAGGCAGCAACAAGCUCACGUUUGCCGAGGUCCUGACGGCACCAUUUGUGCUCCGUCUCAAGGUGUUUGCAAAGCACGGACUUCUACCAGCCGGCCUCCUCACGGCCUUUGCUGAGCAGGCACCCAAUUUCCACAAGUGGUCUGAGGCAGUCAUCAAAUCGCCGAGUGUAACAGGUAUCUUCGACGAAGAUCUGUUGGUUGAGAAGAUGAAGGUGAGAAUCGCCAAGGCGAAGGAGUGAGCCACCCUGAACCUUCUGUUCCUUCAGCUCUCUGGUCCUACUUGUGAGGGCUUCCGUCUGAAACGGCAGAACGUGGGUUGUGAACUUGGGCCGAGCGAUAUAGCCCGCGUAGGUUAUAGGAAUAAUUGAUGUUGUCCGAAUCUCAA